CGGGCUGACGGGCGGCGGGAAGCUGAUGAUGUUCGUCUCAGAGUUUCCUCUCGCUUCUUUAUUCUCCGGCGUAAAUGUCACUGUCUUCGUUUUUCUCCCGGUCUGUGGCGUUUUGUUCCCGUUUAAUUUCGCUCGUUUCGUCUUGAUUUGUGCUGGUCGCUCCGUUGCAUGUUUCCCUCCGCGCGCCGCCAUCUUUCUCUCACACGUCACCGGAAGCGGAAACGGUCUCAUCAAACAAGCAAGUGAUACACCGAAGGGAUAUGAAACAAUGACCUCACAGUUUAAUAAAGAUGCAGUAGAAGAAAUGAACGAGGAUGAUGACGAAGACGAAGAAGAAACGAGGGAGAGAGAGGAAGAUGAUGGCGAUGAUGAAGGGUUUUCAGUGCUGUCGGAGCUACCCGUAGAGAAGAGCGAGAGACGCCCGACCUGCCGCCGAUGCUGUCGUCCGCUGAAGGUGUGUCUGUGUCCGUAUCUCCCGCCGUGUCCUCUAGACGUCUCCACGUGUCUCUACAUCGUGCAGCAUCCGGCUGAGGAGAGUCGGGUUCUGCGCACGGUUCCGCUCCUGGCAGCGUGUCUCCCGCCGGGAAAGUGCCGUGUUUUCAUCGGGAGGCGUUUCUCUGAAGAGAGGUAUCCGGAGCUGGCGGCUGUGUGUAAAGACGCUCACACGCUGCUGCUGUAUCCCGGAGCCGCUGCAGAGAAUCUGGAGGAUCUGAGCACUGAUUUCACCUCGACGGCCCACAGCGUGAUCCUGAUCGACGGCACCUGGAGUCAGGCUAAAGACAUGUUCCUGAGGAACGCACUGCUGCGGCUGCCCAGACAGGUGCAGCUCCGCAGCGCCCCCUCCAGUCAGUACGUGAUCCGCACGCAGCCCACCAACAUGUGUGUGUCGACGCUGGAGUGUGCAGCCGCUGCGCUCUCCAUCAUGGAGAAGAACCACAGCAUUCAGGAGGUUCUUCUCAAACCUCUUCAGGCUCUGUGCUCCUUCCAGCUGCAACACGGCGCUCAGAUCCACCACAGCAAAGAGCAUCUCAUCAAAAACGGACAGUACAACAAGAUCAUGCCCAAAAACAAGCGCAAGAUUCGCCGGAUGCAGAAACUCCUCACCAACCAGAAUAUAUGAGACGACAGCAUCUUUUUC